UAACGCGAGGCACGUUUUUGCAGAUGGAACCAGAGGCUCGGGUCGGAACGGUAAACAAGAGCUACAACUCUGGGUACUUAACGAUCUGAAUGAGCUGACCGAAGUUUCGAAAAUUGCUGGCAGACUUUGUGUGCAGUAAAAGCGAAGGAGGACCGAAAGCAGCUAGGAUAAAAUCACCUAGUAAUGUAUGUGUGAACGACGUAAGUGUUUAAAUAAUCCAGUCGUUGAAGAUAGAAGAGAAAAAAGAGAAGAUCUUUCAGGCUGUGAUGUUGUGACUUCACUGUGCAGUGUUCAGAGGAGAAAAGCUGCUGGCUGGUGCAUGAGUGAAAGGUCAACAUAGGCCAGAUACAAGCACAAGUUGCAUUGCCAGACACAGUCCCAUUUCAUGAAGAAAUGAGUGCACGCACUGGCUUGCGUAACCAUCCUUAUCGUAGCCAUCGUAGAACAAAUACUUCAGGUACACCAGCACAGGGACAGAACACUCGGAGACGACGUCACGCUGCCUCCUCAGCAUCAAACACUCACAUAAAUCCUGUCCUUGACCCUGGAAGCUGUAUAGAUUUGACAGCAAAUGACACAAUUGAUGGGGAUAUCAUUGACCUCACAACAAGCCCUAGUAUCAGUGCCAUUGACUCACCUGUUGUUGUGAUAUCACCAGUGGAUGUUGAUAAUGCUGAUGUGUAUUCCAGACGAUCCCCUUAUGUUAGAAGAAGACAGCAGAACUAUCAAAAUGAAGACAUCAUAGAUCUGGAUUCUGAACUUCUCAUGCAAGGUGCUGACGACAUUCUUCCUCAUGUUACUAGAAACAACAGCACAAUAGACCUGGAUAGUGCAAGCGAUGAUGAUCUGCCCAAUCCACCUUUUGAAAUUCAAGAUGCAAGGCCUUCGGGUUCAACCAGUCCCCAGUCUGUGGAACCUGUAAAAAUUACGUGCCCUAUUUGUUUGGAUUCAGAUUCCCAGAUACAGCAGAGUGGACGACAUUUGUAUUCCACAGUGUGUGGCCACAUCUUCUGCAAUAGUUGCAUCAGGAGAGCCAUCAGAACUAGGCACAGCUGCCCCAACUGUCGCAAGAAGCUUACUUUGCGUCAGAUACACCCUGUGUUUCUUUGAGAAGUGGACGCCAUAAAGCACUGCCGUAAUAGCUAAACCUAUGUGACCUCACUACUUGAAAGCAUGCCUAACCUGAGUGUGAGCAGUGUACCCAUGAUGAGGCUUCUUAUUGUCUGGCAGUAUCUGUCUCUUCUUCAUGUUUGCCUCUUUUCUUUGGUAUAAGAGUGUAAGCACACAACAUCCUUUAGUGUGUGCAUGACGACUAUAAAAUGACUUUUAGGGUCUUUUUUAUGUGCAAAUGUGUGAAAAUGGUAAAAGAGAGAAAUGUAGACAGAAUAUGAAUUUUUUCCAUUCUCUGACAUUUUAAGCACAGAAAUCCUUAGAAUCAGAAAGCUUUAUUUACCUCCAUAACCUCUAUCUUCUUAUCAGUUGUAGGCAAUUUUGUACAAGUGGAAAAUGAAAUAAAGUAUUUUGCAUUUAUUGGCUGCCUUUACUUAAAUGUAUUGUUCUGCACAAAAUAAGUGCUAUGGUCCAACUGCAAUGAGCACCCUAUUAUCAAAAGACUCUUGUUUGACAAUGAGCUGUAGAGUCAGCAACUAAGGAAAUGUUCUUAGGCAAUUCCAAACACUUGCUGCCUCCAUUCAAUUUGUUGACCUAAUGUUAGAGAGUUAAAAACAUUAGUCUGGCAUGAUUUUUUUUAAAUUUUUGAGAUCCAGAAUUUUAAAAGAAGUUCAGAAAACUUUGUGUGGUACACAAUAAGGUACAAAUUUCCUUUUUUUUUUUUUUAAAUUUAAAGCGAAAUGCACUUUUUCCUGUGAGUAAUAUUACAUGUACUUUUACAUGACACCACAAAUUAACUAGACAAAAGAUCUAAUCACUUUUUCUUGAAAUCAAUCCAUAUCAUUCUAGCACCUUUUCUGCCAUACACUAUAGUUUAAUUGUUUUUCUGUAGGGUUAAUUGAUACAGGACAUAACCAAAAAUUAUUGCGUUGACUCAUACAGACCUUGUCUUGUAUCUUUCCACCACCCCUUUUGUUCACUCCUUUUAAGGCAGUUUUUAAUUUUUUUUGUUGUGAGGGUUGAUGAAUCUUUGACAGAAGUUUGAGAUAAAAUUAGAAUGAGUUGCAAGAUUAGUUAGUUUAGCUGUUAAUCUCCUUUGCAUCAUUUUUUUGUGCUUUUCUGUAAUUUGGGAGUUUGUUUUAUCAUGUUUAAUCUCAGAAGUCUUCUGACUUAUGUGUGGGUAAAUUUUGUAUUGAUUUAAAGCAGUGGUGCCCAACCUUUUCUUCUUCAAGGGCUGCACGGGACAUGAUAUAAAAAUCCUGCAGUUCAGAACAUGUCGGUUUUGACAGAAUCAUGAUGUUAAAAAUGAAAUCAUGAUGUUAAAAAUGAAAUUAUGUUGUGUCUGGUUAAAAUGAGCGGGCAGGAUGAGGCACCUUUGUGGGUCGAAGGUUGGGCAUCCCUGAUUUAGAGGUUCUUAACAGCUCCUUACAAACAUUCAAUUCAUUCCUGUCUUGUAAUCUGCAUGGGUCAUAGGAGAAGACAGACAGCUGAAAAAAUUCUCCAUAAGACAAAUUUAUCAUAAAAAUAGCACUUAUUGAUUUGUAUGCACAUUCCAUGCCUAUUUGGAAGCAGGUUUCACUCUUAAGUAUUACCAUAAUAUAGUCUUAGUUUGCUGGCACGGCAUUAAACUCAAACAACCAACCAAUCACACUUAAGUCACACAGUAGAUGCAUUUGAAAGCUGAUUUGCUGAAGAUCAGAAAGGAAAAAUAUGAUUGUUAUAUACAAGUACAUUAUGAUAAUUAGCAAUUGAUGAUAAGAGGUUCAGAUUUUUAUUCAGAUGAUGUGUUGCUGACUAGCAGUUUCUGAAGAUUUAUUUGUCAAGGUUAUUUACAACUGACUCCUGUAGAAACUGUUUUGUGUGUAUUCUUGUGAAUUUCACGUAGUAUGUAUGUCCACUUGCAUGCACCCACACAGUCAUGUUUUCUUCAGUAAACUGGGUAACUUAGAUGUAUCCAUGCAAACCAUUGAUGGGCCCAGUUUCUAUAACGAUACUUUUGAGUCCCCUCCUUUCCCCAUUCCGGAAAAUUCCACCUAUAAAUUUGAAUGGCUACCACACCCAACUCCCCAAAUCUAACCCGAAUCCCAAUCCCUGUCCAACCCAAAUCAUAGAUGUAAGUGAAAACUUAACCCUUCCCCUGAUGCUAGUGACCACCAGUUUGCAGUGUGUAUAUAUAUAUGUACAUGCACACAGAGGUACUGCCUGGUAGAUAGUCAUUUUCUCCAAACUAUUUUUGCCAGACAUCCCUGCAGGCAGUUAAUUGUUUCUCAUUACCCUUUUCAUUUAAAGUUCAUUGUGAGUCACUGUUAGGGAGUCUCACAUUCCAGGGACUGGAUGCACAAAGACAAUAGGCAUUAGACAGUGAAUUGUGAGAAAAUAAAAUUUAUUGAAAUGAUUUUAUAUGCAUUUACAAACUGUUGUCAUUGUUACAAAAAGUGUUACCAGCAGCACAGACUGGCAGGAACAAAAUGGAUGCUUUCAUGCCUGCUUUUUAUGCCAGUGGCUUUUUUCUGAAGAUUAUGUGUGGACAUUACAUUGUGAAAAUAUAAAUAAAUUAUUGUGAAAAUAUGA